UCUUCUAAACAAACACACCAACUUCUCCGCACCUCUCUCUCUCUCUGAGCAUUUUCCAAUGGAGGUGAUAACAAAGAAGCAAAGUUGUAAGCCAUGUUCGACUUCAACUCCUGAUCUAGCCGUGCACCAAGAUUCAAAGAAAAUAUCCAAACCCAAACCAAAGAUACGCAUAAUUCACAUAUUUGCACCCGAAAUCAUCAAAAUCGACGCAGCAAACUUCCGCGAGUUAGUGCAACGACUCACCGGAAAACCCAGUACAGAAAAGGGCGGCAAUGAGAAACCAAGAAUUACCGGAAGAGAAAAGCCGAGAACUGCUACAUCCGGCGAGCCAGUGGCGAAGAAAAUAGAGCUCCGACCUAUGAUUCGUGGUCUGGAGUCAAGGGAGAGAGUUAAGGACGAGGAAGGGAUGUGGAAUGGCGAGAAAUCAGGUGGGUUCUUGGGCGGUUUUGCAGACUUGGAGGGUUUUAUCCAAGAGCUUGGUGAGUUCCCACUUCUUCCGUUGGAUGCUAAUUCCCACAUGCAUGGUUUUGGAGAAGCUCAACUUGCCUAGCUAUUGAAAGAAACCGAUCGAAUGGUUUUUCUUUCAUGGCCAUUUCUUCUGUCAUUUUAUGAUCAACGUUUGAGCUUUAGGAAUUUUUUUAGGUUGAUAUUUAGGAAUUUUGUUUUGGAUAUGUUAAAUGGUUUAUGUAU